CGUGCAGGGGGCGGGCCGUUCACGUGUAGUUGUCUCCAUUUCCAGGUAAGCGCUCAAAACGCACCGAUCGGGGAGUUGACGUUAAGUGGCUCUGGUCCGUUUCAGUCCCGUCUUGUGUCGCCACCCAACCGUGCAGCCAGCCCCCGCGGCCUUGGUGAGCUCACUCACACACACACACACACACACCACACACCAUGGGGACGCCGGGUUUGGAUGUUUGUUCUGGUGGUGGUAACCGCGAGUUUGGCUCUGACGGCGUUACUCUACGACCAGAGCGGCAGAGGAACCGCAGUCGGUAACACGCGCACCUUGGACUUGGACAGUCUCUUCAGGGACACUCAGGAGGGAGUCGCUCCGGGAGGUGACCGCCAGGAGAUGCAGCAACAGGAGGAAGUGGAGCAUUCAUCCAGCUGCUCUCUCAGGCGUGUGAUGCAGACUGAUGACAUCAUCAGAAAGCGCUUUAAUUUCUCUGUCCCUGUGUUCCAAUGGGCCUCCAGCUUCAACCAAUCAGAAUGGGAGAGACUCCAUGACAUCGCCCCACCCUACGGCUGGCAUGGGAUGCCUUAUGAAGACGUGAGGAGUGCCGUGGCGUUGCUCUCUGGUGUGUCCAGUGAGAGGUCUGACCCUCAUCAGUGUGUGACCUGUGCUGUCAUUGGCAACGGCGGAAUCCUGCAGGGCUCCAAACAGGGCAGCGCCAUCGACAGCCACCACUAUGUCUUCAGAUUAAACGGGGCGAUCACUAAGGGCUUUGAGGAAGACGUUGGCUCUAAAACUUCCUUCUACGGCUUCACCACAAACUCCAUGAAGAACUCACUGAGGGCGUACCGCAAAGAAGGCUUUACCAAGACCCCACAGAACCCUGAGCUGAAGUACAUCUUCAUCCCCGCUGAGCUGAGGGACUAUGUGCUGCUCAAGGCCGCCAUCCAGGGCACCACCGUCCCCUCCGGAAAAGACACAGGAGACCGGCCGUCUCAGUACUUUGGAAACCGGCUCUCUGCGGAGAAGUUCAGGAUGCUCCACCCAGACUUCAUCACCUAUGUGGUGAAGAGGUUCCUGAAGUCUCGGCAGCUGAAGUCAAAGUACGGCCACCUGUACAUGCCGAGUACUGGAGCUCUCAUGCUGUUUACAGCACUACACACCUGUGACCAGGUGUCAGCCUAUGGCUUCAUCACCCGUAACUAUGACGACUUCUCUGAACACUACUACGACUCUGAGAAGAGAGCGCUGCAGUUCUUUGCCAACCACGACCUCAAGAUGGAGGCCAGACUCUGGGAAAUACUCCAUCUACACGGGGUCAUGACCCUCUACCAGAGGCACUGACACACACACACACACACACACACACACACACACACACAAA